AAACAUAACCUAACUUCCAAACUUCGCCAACUCGACUCAUGAAAGAAAGAGCUUCGGUUGCAUCGGAUUAUCAGUGCGGUGUCUGUGAAAUAAACUUAUUUUCUCUGCGUGACACUCGUUCCAAUUUUCCCCACGUAAUCAUAUUUCAUCAGAAUAUAUAAUAGUGACGAUACUUCUGUCUACCUAACGCUGCAAUGUGUUCGGCUGUCUCAGGGGAUGUGUCUUAUCAGUUCAGUGUUUAGCUACAAAAGUCACAUAGAAUUUUCAUGAAUUUACCAAAUUUGACCAGUGCCCCUGAGUGACAUUUAUCUUAAUUUGAAAAAUCUCCGUCCCAUUCAUCAUGUCAUCCAAAAGGAUUGUGAUUUUGCACCCUGAUCUUGGAAUUGGAGGGGCUGAAAGACUGGUUGUCGAUGCAGCUUUAGCUUUGAAGAAGAGGAAUCACGAAGUUUGCUUCGUGACAACUCACCACGAUCGCUCUCAUUGUUUUAAAGAAACUGUAGAUGGAACAUUCGAAGUGAUUGUUGUCGGCGAUUGGCUACCAAGGAAUAUUUUUGGCUACUUUUUUGCGUUGUGCGCAUACUUGCGAAUGAUAUACGCAGCAUUUUACAUUGUAUUUUUCAGCAAUCUUGCACCUCUUCUUGUAUUCUGUGAUUUAGUCUCUGUUUGUAUCCCUGUUCUAAAACUUGGUCACAUUCCCGUAAUAUUUUACUGUCAUCAUCCGGACCUAUUGUUGAGUCAAGCUGGUGGAAGGCUAAAAGCUCUGUAUCGUUUUCCUUUGAACUGGCUUGAAGAAAAAACAACUGCCAAGGCUAGUAUUAUCUUGGUUAACAGCAAAUAUACUCAAAAAGUUUUCAAAGAAACAUUUAAGACAAUUAAGAGCACACCUGAUAUUCUCUAUCCAUCAAUUCCAAUAGAAAAUUUCAGUGAAACAAUCAGCUGCCUACCGCUGAAACAAAUUUUAAAAAAUCCAGACUUUCCCAGUGAUGCCACUGUAUUCUUGUCGAUAAAUCGCUAUGAGCGCAAGAAAAGCAUAGAUCUUGCAAUCAAAGCUUUGAAACAAUUGAAAGAGAGUCUUCCUGAAUCUACAAUGAAAAAGGUUUACUUGAUCGUCGCCGGGGGAUAUGACACUAGGCUGUUAGAAAAUGUUGAACAUUAUGAUGAGCUCUCAGCAUUAUGCGAAACGAGUAACGUCAAAGAACACGUUUGCUUUCUACGAUCAAUUUCAAAUGAAGAGAAGGUAUCUUUGAUGAAACAUUGUGUGAGUAUAGUUUACACGCCACCAAAUGAGCAUUAUGGCAUUGUUCCUAUCGAGGCAAUGUUCUUAAAUAAACCUGUCAUAGCUCAAAACAGUGGUGGGCCAACUGAAACAGUUGUUGAUGGAGAGACCGGAUUUCUAUGUGAUAAUAAUUCUAAUUCAUUUGCAGAGGCAAUGAAAAAAUUUAUUAAUGAUCCCAAUCUAUCACAGUCCAUGGGAUUGAAAGGUAGGAAGAGAUUUGAUGAACUCUACUCCGCAGAUUCGUUUUCUCAGAAGUUAGAAAGUUAUGUGCAAUGUGUGGUUGAUGAUAAAUCUAAUUAACAAAAAAAAUUAUUCACAGAUAUUAUGUACGUACCUACAAAGACAGCUCUUGUUAAUUUUUAAUAAUUAAAACUGUUAAAGCUUUUAUUUCUACUUUCUCAAUGAGACUGAUUUUUUAUUCACUUUAAUUUAAGUACCUAACCUCGUCGAGAUACCAAGAUUAAGAUGUCUCACAUAUUUUUAAAUAUUAAAGAAGGGAAUGUAAAAAUAGAAA